CCUCACCAAGGAGCAGUGUCACAAUGAUCGUGUUAUGGAUUAUUUUGCUUUUUCUUCAUCAAGGAUAUACUUUGGUUCCAGUGAAAACUGUUCAGCUUGGUGAACCCGCAAAAUUAACAUGUGCUUUACCCAAAGUACUCAGCAGCAGAGGAGUCCACUGGUACAAGCAGAGUGUCGGGGAUACUCUUAAAUUAAUAGUGACACUGUAUGAAACUUCUAAACCUGAAUUUGGUCAAGAAAUAUUUAAAUCAAGAUUUCAAGCACAAUAUGAUAAGAAUUUUAGCAACUUGACCAUUUUGAAGACGAACCAAGAUGAUGAGGGAAUCUAUCACUGUGGAAUCAUAGAAUGGAUUAAUACUGAAUGGAGCGGGACAUAUUUGUUAGUAAAAGGAAACAAUCAGAUGACAUCAAACUACAGUGUUGUUCAGCGGCCAACGGCAUCAAAUCCACUCCGUUCAGGAGAUUCAGCGACCCUGCAGUGUUCAGUCCACUCUGAUUCUGACAGCGUGUGUCCCACUGAUCAUAAUGUGUUCUGGUUCAGAGCGGGAUCAGAUAAAUUACAUCCAAGUGUCAUCUACACUGCUGGAAACAGUCAUAAUGAAUGUGAGAAAAUAUCUGAGUCUGAGCAGAGAUGUGUUUAUCGCUUCUCUAAGAACGUCAGCUCCUCUGAUGCUGGGACUUAUUACUGUGCUGUGGCCACAUGUGGGGAGAUAUUAUUUGGAAAUGGAGCUACACUGGACAGUCAAGAAAGAAACAUCUGCUCACUGAGUGCCAGUAUAAUAAUUUUUCCAGCGUGCACUUUCUUGAGUAUAAGUCUGUUUCUUACAGCUGUACUCAUGAAAAGCUUUACUGGCCAGAAAAGACAACAGAAUAAUGCCACAUCAGUGUUUUCUGCUGUUGUGUUUACCGUGAUGAUAGCUGACAGAGGUGAACUGGAUGCAAAGAAAGCGGAGAGGCAGCAGAUCUACAGGACUGUCAAGGCUUUUGGGCUGGAUUAG